AUGAAAGGGGGAAAUAUUACAGAGGAAACUUUUGAGUCUAUAAGACAUGUAACGGCCCAUGAGUUAAUGGAAUUUGUUGACUUUGAGCCAAAUCCAGAAUUUGAUUUUUCAAAUAUGGGGGGUGAGGACAACAAAUUUCAGCUCGAUAAGAGUUUGGACAGUCAGCCUUCACUCACGGAGGACACAAAGGAUGGUAUGUCCAAAAUGUUGGCCAACGAAGGAAGUCUUGUAGAUAACAAGAAUCAGGAUGUAAAGGCCAGAGGUCAUGCCAAACAGGAGCCACCCAGCAUGGAUCCAGGUGUUAAACCUAAAUCUAGGGCACCUGGAGCUCAGCUACCGGGUCAGUACCAACUGCCUACCUUGCCACAAACUCCUAGGACCCAGGUAUUUUCACCUACAGAUACGCUGUCUCCUGCAGUAGCAUUGAGUACAUUCACACCUGCGAGUCAUCCUGUUAUGUCUAUGUCCACCGUUAUGACACCAACAGCUAUGUCAGGUUAUCCCAGCAAUCAUGGUCAGACUCCGGGAUAUAUGUCACCAGGGCAAUAUAGUCAAACCCUAUCUGGUGUGUACCCCUCAAAUCACUAUGGUAUGCCUAAUGGCAUGUAUGGUGGAAUACCGUCACCAUAUAUGCCACAGACACCACCAGGGUACCCCCAGGGUUAUCAGCCCAUGUUUCCUUAUGGGAACUACCACGGCCAGCAGUAUGGAUACCCACAGUAUCCCUAUUACCCCAUACCGCCACCACCUGGUUACCCUAACAUGCCACAUCCUGGUUACCUGCCACUUCAGGGUCACAUGCCAUCCCAAGGUCAGACACCUGAUCAAGUCCAGAUGCCACUUCAAGGUCAUGUGCCACCUCAAGGUCAUGUGCCACCUCAGAUGCCAGUCCAAUGUCAUGUGCCACAUCCAAUGCCAGUCCAAGGUCAGGUGCCAGCCCAAGGUCAGAUGCCUCAUCAAGGUCACGUGCCACCUAUGAUGCCACCCCAGGGUCAAGGUCCGCCACAGAUGCCACCCCAUGGUUAA